AUGCCAGGUCCACGAAAUAAGCCCAAGAACAAGAAGAAAAAGGGAAAUAAAGGGAAACCCGCCCCUUCGCAGCCUACAACUAACACGGAGCCUUCGCCACCUCCCCAGUCGCAAAGUGACCAUGCACGUGAGGAGAUACCCUCGUUUAUCGUAGACCCUGGGACUGGCCCUCGCGUACGCGACCUGUACGCGUUCUUGACAUCUCCGUUUGCUGCCCCUCCAACCUUGGAUGAUCCUGUUUGCGAUUGGUUCUUUGAUUCUACUACAUAUGCGAUCAUUGAGCAACUUUUACCACAAGAGCUUUCUUUAAUUCUGCACUACAACCGGACGCGCCUUGUAGACAAGAUUUGUCCCGCUUGUCGGCGCUUCUAUAGACUCGGCGAUCUUCUUCCUUUCCUCGCACCAGAACCAGGUUCCAUAGAUGAGCUCGAUAGAGAGCAGGAGGACUCACGGGCGUUGCACGAGCAACAGAUCAGUGGGCUGUGCUCUUUUGUUUGCUUUAGCCUUGCUUGUUUCAAUUACCCAGGCGCGCGCGGUGCGUGGGGUCGUACUGCAGAGCUGCUCGACCCAUGGACGACCGAGUUGCUAAACGGACCAGGCGCUGGUAUUCCCGACCAUGGAAUGAGCGAUUUGGUCAAGAUGACACGUAACCACGACCUUGGAAUUGGAUACAUGAUCUCUAAGCCAUGGCCUGGAGCUCCUGUGUUGUACGAGUUCGAUGAGGAUGUUGCGGGAGGGGACCCGGCGAUGGAAGACGACGAGGAUGAACUGUGGGCCGAAGAAUCACCUUACUCUUCCGAUAGCGAACCACGCGGGCGCGAGCGGUCCGUUAAACCUCUGGGUGCCAGCCGAAGAUAA